ACAUGGAUUAGCUGUAAGCAAGAGAUCAAUGUUUACAUCAGCAAACCGGUUCGGAGAUGAAAAACCCCCCAAGGAUUUGGAUAUGGCAUCAAUGGCAAAAAAAGUUGAUCCUAGAGAAGCCGCUGCCAAAAAAGCUGCAGAAGAAGCCACCAAGAAAGCCUUAGCAGCAAAAAAAGCUCGAGAUGAAGCAGCAUUGUCUUCAGAAGCUGCUGCAAAGAAAGCAGCUGAAGAAGCUGGUGCAAAAACAGCUGCCCUAGAAGCAGCUGCAAAGAAGGCAGCUGCAGAGGUGGCCGCAAAGAAAGCUGCUGAAGAGGCAGCAGCAAAGAAAGCAGCUGAAGAGGCAGCAGCAAAGAAAGCAGUUGCAGAGGAAGCGGCAAAGAGAGCAGCCGAAGAGGUAGCUGCAAAAAAGGCAGCUGCAGAAGCUGCAGCAAAGAAAGCAGCUGAAGAAGCUACCGCCAAGAAAACAGCUGCAGAGGCAGCGGCUAAGAAAGCAGCCGAAGAAGAAGCAACAAGAAAAGCAGCCGAAGAAGUGGCAGCAAAGAAGGCAGCUGCAGAAGCUACAGCGAAGAAAGCAGCUGAAGAAGCUAGUGCCAAGAAAGCAGCUGAAGAAGCUGCCGCAAAGAAAGCAGCUGAAGUAGCUGCCACAAAGAAAGCAGCUGAAGAAGCUGCCGCAAAGAAAGCAGCUGAGGAUGCGGCGGCUAAGAAGGUAGCAGAAGAGGCUGCCGCCAAGAAAGCAGCUGAGGAGGCUGCUGCUAAGAAAGCAGCUGAAGAAGCUGCCGCCAAGAAAGCUGCUGAAGAAGCUGCUUCCAAGAAAGCAGCUGAAGAAGCUGCUGCCAAGAAAGCAGCUGAAGAAGCUGCUGCCAAGAAAGUAGCUGCUGAGGAAGCUGCUGCAAAGAGAGCUGCUGAUGAAGAGGCUGUAAGAACUAUGCAAGAUCCAAUACAGAGCCUGUUCCUGGCAAGUAUCCGGUCUAGUGGCGGAGCAGGAGGUUUAAACAAUGCAUCCGCCGAGGUUAAGGCGGAGCUAGAGGCGGAGCUGGAACGUCUAGCCAAACAGUAUGGAGGAAAAAGUGGUGAAAAUAUGACUGAGUUUCCUAAAUUAGAGUAUAAAGAUCCUGAAGUUGAUCCUAUAAAUAUAUCUCAGUAAGAUCCUGAGAUCUAUCCUAUAAAUAUAUCUCAGUAAGACCCUGAGAUCUAUCCUAUAAAUAUAUCUCAGUAAGACCCUGAGAUCUAUCCUAUAAAUAUAUCCCAGUAAGACCCUGAGAUCUAUCCUAUAAAUAUAUCUCAGUAAGACCCUGAGAUCUAUCCUAUAAAUAUAUCUCAGUAAGACCCUGAGAUCUAUCUUAUAAAUAUAUCCCAGUAAGACCCAGAGAUGAAUCCUAUAAAUAUACCUCAGUAUGACCCAGUGAUCUAUCCUAUAAACAUAUUUUCGUAAGACCCUGAGAUCUACCCUAUAAAUAUAUCUCAGUAAGAUCCUGAGAUCUAUUCUUUAAAUAAAUCUCGGUAAGAUCCUGAGAUCUAUUCUUUAUAUAUAUCUCAGUAAGAUUCUGAGAUCUAUUCUUUAAAUAUAUCUCAGUAAGACUGGAUAAAUCUCCUUUUUCCAAAAUGCCACAGAACUGCCAAAUGAUGACAAUUGAAUUGUUAUAUACAGUGGUUAGCACUGUAGUAAUAUGUAGAUUAAAAUUGUUGUAUUUUCUUUUAAAAUAAAAUUGUUAAUGUUAA